CACCCAAGUUCCGCUAUACGACCCCCACCUUCAGCUCCACCAUCCCAGUCCCCUAACUCCAUCAACAGCGAUUCCCUCCCUGGGACCUUAUCCGUUCCCGUCGACGACGUCCCUCCCGUCUCCUCUGUUUACUCUUCCACUAGGCCAUCCUACCUCCCUGCAAACGACAGCCACCUCCACCUUGUCGACAGGUAUGUUUGCAUCUCCCAUUCCACCUGCUCCUGCCUGUUUGCCGCCAACGCCUUCCCUCUCUUCACACCAGACAGGACACAGCCAGUAUUCUGCGGACAGUCUCAUACGAAAUCCAGACUUCCUGCACCAGGAUCUCAACAACAGGCUGCUAGCUCACCGAGACUCCAACCCCGGGGCUCUGUCUCCUUCGCCCUUCAUCCGCUCGGAGACUCACCAGCACCAGCAUCAACAUCUGCACAGUCACAUGCAUCAGCACACGUAUGGAGGCUUGAGUGCCGGUCCCGUGGUGCCACCGACACCUCCCUUGAUUGUGCCCAACUACAGUGCAGCUUUCACCUCCUUGCUCCCCCCAGGACCAUCUGGGUCUACGCUGGCAUCCAGCCUUCAGGGAGCCUUCCAACCCAAGAAUGUGAUGGUUCCAGGACAGGUGCUCGUGCCUUUCCGCGACAGAGAGAAGGGAAUUCCCCAACCGGGGCUGACUCCCGCACAGAAGAAACAAGGCAAAUGGUGUGCUGUCCAUGUGCGGGUGGCCUGGGAGAUUUUCCACAGACAGCAGAAAAAGCUGCAGAGAGACCAGGAUGGGACUGCCAGUUCAUCGUCUGCCUCCUCCGCCUUAAAAUCUGCAGCAGACUCUAAGCCUCUAGAACCAUUGCUGCGACCUCCAAGUAAUCUCUUGCCUGCAGCAUCAGCUGUUAUCAGGCCACCAGGGUCACCUUUGUUGGCUUCAGGAGCCCGAAGUUUACCAGAGGGUGCCCAUGCAAGUUCCAGUUUUUUAUCACCAGCUGCUAAUUUAGGCAUGGCACCUUUUCCAAGACCAUCUCCAUACAAUGUGCCAUCUUUAUUCAAUCCCCUUGGCUUUAGUGGUCUUGGUGGAAAUAUGUUUGCAUCAAUGCAUGAUAUGGUCCCUUUGCCGCUUUCCUCAAGCCUUAAUCCUUCACCCAAUGAAUGGAACAGAUUACAUCGCACUCCUUCUACCUUUCCAUCCUGGCCGAGGUCAGAAACCGAGAAGGAACGAGAAAGAGAAGUAAGGAAAGAGGAUGAACGAGAAAGGGAAAGAAGGGGAUCUUUAAAUCAUCAAUUAUCAGGACUUGAUGACAGUCGACACAAAGAUACAGAAUCUUUGAGGCCAAAAUCUAGGUCGCGGUCUCGGUCACCUGUAGGAAAUGGUCGCAUUGACCACCACAGCAAGUCAGACCUCGGGUCGUACGAGAAGCUCUACGAUGACAGAAGACCACAUUCAACAUCAGCAGCAUGUGCAAGUUCCAGAUUCAAGGAAGACAGGAGAAGUGAUGAAAUGUCAUCACUUCCUCACCAUCUAGCAGAAAGGGAGAAACUUGAGAGAUUUCACAGAGAGAAGCUGGAGAAAGACAGGUUUGAAAGAGAAAGACAUGAAAGAGACAGAAUAGAAAGAGAAAGAAUAGAGAAAGAGAAGUUGCUGCAGAGUGCAGCAGCGGCGGAGAGAGAGAAACUGUUACAGGUUAUGGAACAAAGAGAGAAGUUUUUUCACACAGGUGGAUAUUUAGGCUUCAGCCCUUUUACCACAGGGUUGCCCACCCACCCAGGAUUUCUUGACCGUAGAAUGGGACUUAUGGGACCCACUACAUCAGGAUAUCCAUUUUUAGAACGAGCUCCAGUGCCCACCGCGAUGUGGAACCCUUAUGACAAAUCUGCAGCAGACAUCUUCCACCGGCUGGAGGUCGAGAGGGAGCGUGAACGUAUCGCAAUGAUGUCUCGGCUUUCCAACAUCCCAUCCCACUUGGCAGUUUUUGAACAGGAGAGACUCAAGGAUCAUAUACUCCGGGAGCAACAAGAGAGAGAGUAUGAGCUUCGAAAACAAUAUCUCGACAGGGUUCCUGCAUUUACUGCGGAGCGCUUGCGAGCGGCAGAUCCAUUGGCACUUGGUGUCUACUUCCCUCGGACAGUUAGUCCCAUGUUUGUACCAGGAGGACUUGCUAGCCUCAAAAGUAAUUCUCCACAUGGUAUACCUGGAGUGCCACCACCACUCAUUCCAUCGUCCAGCUCUACAGUUGCAGCUUCAAUGCUGUCAGCUCGAAGUCACGACAACUCUCCAUCUUCUUCAAGUAAAUCAAAAGGAUGUAGUCCUGCAGAUAGUACCAGUGAUUUGAAAGACAAAAGAGAAGGAAGUUCAACAGAUCCGGAUGCCCACUCUAGGUAG